AUGGAGAAACCGGCCGCCGCAGCAGCCCUGCUCGUCAGCAUGAUCCUAUCUCUCUUGUUUUUCAAGGAGGCGGGGGCGGCGCUGGACCCGGCCAUCAAGAAAGUAUGCGCCGCCACCUCCAACCCGGAGAUCUGCGAGACAUCCGUCGUCCCAUUCCUCAACGGGAAGACGGACCCCAAGUCGGUGCUGGGCAUGCAAAUCAACGCCGGCAUUCGGGCCACCCAGAGUGCCAUCAUGCACGCCCAGAAGAUCAAGUCGUCGCCUGCCACCUCCCAGGAAGUCUCAGGCUGCGUUGACGUCUGCCUUGAGAAUUACGAUUUGGCCGUCGACUCCGCCAAGAACGCCCUCGAAGCCCUCCGCUCCAACAAGCCUUUCGAUCUGGCCAACCAUCUCUCCGCCGUCUCCUCCAUGGUCUCCACUUGCGACGACGCUUUCAACGAUUUCGGUCCUGAAGUCGCCAACAGCUCCCCUCUCUCUAAGAUCGAUACCAGGCUCCUCAAGAUAGCCAGCAAUGGCCUCAGCCUCCAACAGUCCGUCUUCCAUUAA